AUGACAGCCCCCAAAUUUUAUCCUCAGUCUGCUGCAAACACAAAGUUCGAUCUCGAACUGUUCAAGGCUCCCCCAAAAGAAUUUCGAGGUGCUCCAUUAUGGUCAUGGAAUAACAAGCUUAGUAAAGACCAGCUCUUUCACCAGAUUGGUGCAAUGAAAGAAAUGGGAUUCGGUGGAUAUCAUAUUCAUGCUAGGUCAGGUCUUGAUACUGAGUAUCUUGGCGAAGAGUUCCUCAAUCUUGUUGAAGAUUGCGUUGUAGAGGGAAAGAAGAAUGACAUGUUGACUUAUCUAUACGAUGAGGACAGAUGGCCAUCUGGAAGCUGCAGUGGCCAAGUGGUGGAAGAAAAUCCGGAGUUUCGCUCAAAACACUUAUUGAUGACAAGAUAUAAGUAUGGCGAUGAGAAUACUCCACCUGUGCCUCCAGUUGCGGUUGGACCUACUCGAGUGGGCACUGGCAGGCUUCUUGGUGUUUACAAGGUUAGACUCGAUGAGGAUGGAUUUCUGGAGAAGUAUUCCAAGAUUGAUGAGAGCAAAAUUGAAUCCUUCAAAGACGAUUCCUUCACGGUGUGGUAUGCCUAUCUCGAAUACGAUGCUCCAGCGACACUGUUCAGUAGUUCUCCUUAUGUGGAUACUUUGAACAAAGAUGCCAUAGAUGCUUUUAUCAAAAGUACGCACGAAAAAUACUAUGCCAAGUUGGGUGAAGAAUUUGGAGAGGCAAUCAAGUCGAUUUUUACUGAUGAGCCGCAGUUCUCUCAUAAGUCGAGUUUUGAAUUGGCCGAUUCUAAGGCGGAAGCAUUUUUGCCUUGGACCACUGAUCUUGAGGACACUUUCAGAAAGCAGUACGGAUACUCUUUACUGGAAACGACGCCAGAGCUGUUCUGGGAUCUUAAAGGUCAAGCUUCGAAACCAAGGUACCACUACCAUGAUCACGUAUGUGAGAGGUUCAACCGUUCGUUUGUGGAUAACAUCUCAGAAUGGUGCACAAAGCAUGGCAUAUCGUUGGUUGGCCACAUGAUGCACGAAGCAGACCUCAUAUCCCAAACAGAAGCCCUUGGUGAGGCAAUGAGAUCAUAUAGAGCGUUUCCAUUACCAGGUGUUGAUAUGUUGCAGGAUAAGCGCGAACAUCACACUGUAAAACAGGCGCAAUCAGUCAGUCAUCAAUAUGGCAGAGAGGGUGUAUUGUGUGAAGCCUAUGGUGUCACUGACUGGGAUUACACUUUCCAAGGCCACAAAUCGCAAGGUGACUGGCUCGCUGCUCUGGGAGUUACAUUUAGGGCUCAUCACUUGACUUGGGUGUCAAUGAGAGGUGAAGCAAAGAGAGACUAUCCAGCUUGUAUUGGUUACCAGUCUCCGUGGUACAAGGAGUAUUCUCUGGUUGAAACGCACUAUGCCAGACUGAACACUGCUCUUACCCGAGGAAAAGCAGUGGUAAGAAUUGGAGUUAUUCAUCCAAUUGAAAACUACUGGCUAGCAUUCGGGCCAUGGCAAACCUCAGUCGAAGAACGAACGGAGCGAAUGAAGAACUUCGAUGACCUUAUUCAUUGGUUGCUGUAUGGUCUACUCGAUUUUGACUAUAUCUCGGAGUCUCUUUUACCAGAACUCUGUGAUAUAGAUAAGAUUGAUUCUCCAUCACUUAACGUGGGUGCUAUGAACUAUGACGUUAUCAUUGUGCCUUCUGCAAAACACUUGAGACGGACCACAUACGACAGACUUUUAAAAUUUGCUUCGAAUGGGGGCAAGGUGGUGAUGAUGGGCGAAGUGCCUUCUUUGAUUGAAGUGACUUCCGAGCCCUCUCUCAUUAGUGAACUCGUUGCCAAAUCUACCACUAUUCCAUUCUCCCGAAAAGCAUUGCGGGAAGUUUUGACUCCUUUCAGAGAAGUUAAACUGGAUUACGUCAACCCCAAAGACCCUUUUGAUCCGACGGGGGCGUCUAGGUACAAAGACACAAUUCUGUAUAACUUAAGGGAGGAGGAGGAUGGUUCCCGGUUCCUGUUCUUGUGCAAUACUUGCAAAAUACAAUCCAGGCCAAACACGAUCAUUACUUUGAAGGGAACAUGGGAUAUCAUUGGUCUUGAUACGCUUAAUGGUGGUCUUAUUGAUUUGGCAUACUCGAUUGAUACAAAGUCCAGGACGACCAAAUUUUACCACACUUUCCCGGUUUUAGGAUCAUUACUGUUGAGACUGACACCCACAACUCAGUCUCUAGCUGAAGCCACUGAAAUUUCUCCGAGGAAACAGGUCAGUGAGCCGGUACUAACAGAACCUGUUUCUUUCACUCUCGAUGAUCCCAAUGUGUUACUCUUGGAUAGAGCCCAAUACAAACGGGAUAGCCAAUCGUGGUCGGAGGAAUUUGAAGAAAUUCGUAGGGUUGACAAUAUUUUUAGAGCUCAAAUUGGGCUUUUACCACAGGGCUUGGCCCUGCCUCAGCCAUGGACCUAUAAGGAUAAGGCUAAAUUGGUCUCGGAGCGGGUUCACUUGAGAUUUGAAUUUGAUUCGGAUAUACCUGUUGAAAAUGCAUAUUUAGCAACGGAGCACACCAAUUUGGAUAAUAUUAGCAUUGACCCUGAGUUGCAGGUGACGUUUGACGGGAAAGAUGUGGCGAUUGAGGUAGAUGGUUGGUUUGUCGAUCAGGACAUUUCAAAAGUGAAACUGCCUUCUUUCAGCUCCGGCCGCCAUGUCCUGGAAUAUUCGGUUAUUCUCAGAGAGGUUACCAGUCUGGAAUGGCUCUAUAUACUGGGUGAUUUUGGUGUGGAGUUGAAGGGUACAAAAGCGAAGAUCAUUGAAAUUCCAAAGACGAUUGCCCUUGGCGACUAUGUUCAUCAAGGAUUGCCAUUUUAUGGAGGAAAUGUGACAUACAACUUUUCUGUAUCUGACUUGAAAAUUCCUGAUGGGUCAAAGCACCUCUUAAGAGUGGCUGAGUUCAAAGGACCUGUUGUUGAAGUACUGCUGGACGGUCAUCGUGUCGGCAAUAUUGCCUUCGAUCCAUUUGAGAUUGAACUUCCUGAAACAUUCAGCUCAGCGAAAACACUGCAAAUCAAGGUCUAUGGGGAUCGUCAAAAUACCUUUGGGGCUGUGCAUGAUAAUAAUCCACCAUUCCCAUGGUGUGGCUCUUUCGCCUGGUACCAAUCUGGCGAUAGAUGGACCUACCUUUACAGGCUUGGGGAAAAGGGAAUAGUUAACCAUCCUCAGAUUAUAGCUCUAUAA